AUGUCUGAAGUUGCACACUGUGGCCUGAUUGAGUUGUUUGCUUGUGAUAACAUUACAUUCUUCAAUGGAGUCUUUGCAAAUGUGGAAAGUGUUGCAGUGUUUUUUGACUGUUUAGGUUCCCACUUCACCUGGCUCCAGUCUAUAUUCACCAACUUUCCUGCGUUGCUCAACUUUGUGAACAAAAUGAAGUGCGUGACCGGCAUUUGCCCCAGAGAGUUCGAAGACUAUGGUUGUGCCUGCCGGUUUGAGAUGGAAGGCCUCCCUGUAGAUGAAGUAGAUAAUUGCUGUUUCCAACACCGAAAGUGCUACGAAGAGGCAACUGAUGAAGAAUGUAUGUGGGAUCCUGCCAAGAUGACUAUGGAUGUCAGCUGUCUCACCAAAAAUAUCACCUGUGAGUCUGAAGAUUCCUGUGAGCUCUUUCUCUGCAACUGUGACAAAGCAGCCAUUGAAUGUUUUUUGCACUCCCGGUUUAAUUCUUCCAUGAACAGCUUGGAUGUUUCAUUCUGUCCGACUCCAGUUACAGAGAUACCUACUGAGAAGAGUCUGACAACAGCUAAAAUUUCAGACCUUCAAGAUCAGAGGAUCGAAGACACACAGUUGACAGACACAUCUGUGGCAGAGGCUACUCCACCACCCACCAGUGGAAUAGUAGUAGAGAUGUCAGGGACAGAAUAUAUUCCUUCCGAUAUUAGUGACCUGCUGGUGAAGGACUUGGAAGAGGGAGCUGUUACACCGGACAUGGAGAGUGGUGGAGGAUUGGAAAGCUUCAGAGAAGGAGUAAUAUCACAGGAAGGUGUAACUGCUACUUUGGACAGUUUCAGGUCAGGAGUAGUAUCACAAGAAGGCAUAACUGCUCUUUUGGAAAACUCCAUGCCAGGAGGAACCAUGGAUAUGUCUUCAGAUCCAACCGAGGAAGCUUUCUUCACAAGGGAAACCCCUUCUGCUUCAUCUGAUAUGAACUCAAAUGAUCUUCGAAUGGUGCCAACCUCAGAUACUCCAGGGCAAGCCACAGAGCAUGAGAAUAAUUUCAAGAUCGUUGGAGAGGAAGGUGCAAGAUUGUCCACCGUGGCUCCAGAAGAGACAUCAGAUCCUGGGGAAUCCUUUGGAGAAGUUUGUGACCGCUACACCUUUCUGCAACUGAGAGAAAAUGGAAGAAUCAAGAGGGUAUUGCCACAAUUAGGCGAGAUGCUUUAUUGCUUAACCGAUCGAUGCCCAGAAGAGUUUGAAUUAUAUGGCUGCUACUGUGGCCAGGAAGGGAGAGGCCAGCCAUCAGAUGACCUGGACAGGUGCUGUUUCUCUCAUCAUUGCUGCUUGGAACAAGUUAGGAAGUUGGGAUGCCAUCCAGAAAGAAAUUCCAGAUCUGAGGUUGUCUGUUUUGAUCACACACCAAAGUGUAUUGGAUGGACCAUGUGUGAAAAGCUCCUGUGUUCUUGUGAUAAGGCAGCCGCUGAGUGCAUGGCUGCAGCUUCUUUCAAUGAAACCUUCAGCUCCCCAAACAGACAAGCUUGUCACGAGGACAAACUGCUUUGCCGCAGGGGAGGGCACGGAAGGCCCCUGAGUAGCCCUGGGAUUGGGACUGGGUCCUCAACUUCCAGCGAGGAAGACAGCAGCAGUGAGGAGGCAGCGUCACCCAAGACCCUCUUGAGAAGGGGAAAGAGAGCAGCACUCCUGGAGGCAAGGAGAAAUGCCAGACCAUCACCACCACGAACCAGAUAAUCUCUAUUUCAUCGUUCCACUGGGAAUCAACCAGGAAUAGUCAGCAACAGACAACUAAUAUGAUAUCUAAAGUUAGAGAUGGGAUAUCUGUAAUAUCACUCUUUGGGUUUUCUGUAGUGACUUUCCAUUCUUCAGUAUAGCAGCUGUGGGAGAAGACAGGUGGGAGGUAAUUUGGAUUAGUAUAGCAUUUGGGAAGAGGCUAAGCCAUUCAUCACUUG